CCCUUACGGAUACAUCGGUCCAGGAUGUGGUUUGACCUGUGAUGACUGCGCAAAUGGUGCGCGCUGUGACAUCAGAAGUGGACGGUGUUUGUGCCCUCCUGGUUGGACAGGAAUGACCUGUAAUAUAUCGUGCGAAUUAGAUAAAUAUGGAGUUAAUUGUCUUGUCCCUUGCGCAUGCGUUAAUGGUGGAUCGUGCGAUAUGACUACGGGCUCAUGUGACUGUCGACCAGGAUAUAGAGGGAAAAACUGUGAGGAUGUCUGUCCUAAGGGAACUUAUGGACCAAGAUGUAAACUUUUCUGUCAGUGUCGCAAUAACGAACCAUGCAACCACAAGACUGGGGCCUGCACGUGUGAUCCUGGUUACCUUGGUGAUAAGUGUAAUGAAGUCUGUCCGACAGGUCGAUAUGGUAAAGAUUGCGCAUCUGUUUGCGCAUGUCAUUUGAACAACACCGACCGCUGUAAUAAUGUCGAUGGCUCAUGUUUGUGUAAAGCUGGUUAUCAUGGAAAACUCUGCGAAUCAGUCUGUCCAGCAGGUCGAUAUGGUAGGGAUUGCGCAUCUGUUUGCGCAUGUCAUUUGAACAACACCGACCGCUGUAAUCAUAUCAAUGGCACAUGUUUAUGUAAAGAUGGUUUUCAAGGAAAGUCCUGUGAAUCAGUCUGUCUAUCAGGGCGUUAUGGAAGAGAUUGCGUCUCUGUUUGCGAAUGCCAUUUGAGCAACACUGACCGCUGUAAUCAUAUCGAUGGCUCAUGUUUAUGCAAAGCUGGUUUCCAGGGAAAGUUAUGUGAUUCAGUGUGCCCUCAAGGAAGCUAUGGGCCUGGGUGUUCCAACAGCUGUCAGUGUGGACCAGAUAUCAGCUGUGAUCCUAUAUCUGGCACGUGCAUUUGUCCAAUGGGUAAAAUGGGCCUAAAGUGUACUGAAGGCUGUCGUGAAGGUUGGUUUGGAUUCAACUGUGAACAGCGCUGUAAAUGUUCUUAUGAUAUCAAGUGCGACCCAAUGACGGGAUCCUGUGUCUGUCCCGCGGGACGCACCGGCAAAAGAUGUGAACAAAAAUGCACUUCGGGUACAUAUGGUAGAAACUGUCGUGAACAGUGCCGCUGCGCCGGGGAGGCUCGUUGUGAUCACGUGACAGGCACGUGCUUAUGUCCUCCCGGAAUAACAGGAAAAUACUGCGAAGAAUCUUGUCCACCUGGUUUCUAUGGUAUUGGUUGUAAAUUAGCUUGUGGUUGCCCUGGCGACGACCCAUGUGAUCCCGCGACAGGACAAUGCGCGUGCAGCCCUGGGAAGACUGGCAGAACUUGUGAACUAGAUUGUCCUCAUGGUCGUUACGGCGUUAACUGCCAUCAGCGGUGUGCCUGUGAAAGGAAUGCUUCGUGCGACCCCCUGAACGGUGUCUGUCAUUGCCCCCCAGAAACCACAGGGAAAAGGUGCGAGAAAGUGUUUGGUUGUCUUGAUGUACCAGGCUUUUGCCGUAACAAUGGAGAAUGUAACAAAUCUACAAGUCGAUGCAGCUGUGAUGAUGGCUGGACUGGAGAGACCUGUGAAGCAAAGUGUGGUGAAGGAUUUUAUGGCAAGGACUGUCAGUAUGCUUGCAACUGUACUGCGUAUGAGAACUGUAACUUUGUAACUGGGAAUUGUACUAGAGUGUGUCCUCGAGGCUUCUAUGGAACAAACUGCAGCAACAAGUGCGCAUGCCCAAAAGACGCAAUCUGCGAUCCACGAUCAGGAUACUGUCUUUGUAAACCUGGUUUCUAUGGAGACAACUGUAAGCAAAGUUGUCCACAGGGUCGUUUUGGACGCAACUGUCUGUACAACUGCUCAUGUCUUGGAAGGGCUUUCUGUGAUGCAAAGACAGGAAAAUGCUUUUGCACUCCUGGGAAGAUCGGGCCCCAGUGCGAAUACGAUUGCCCGCACAACACAUAUGGCCACAACUGCAAGAACCAGUGUAAGUGUAUCCGUGGCACCUGUGACCCCGUGACAGGAGCCUGUCGAUGCGAUCCAGGCUAUCAAGGGAAAGAUUGUGGUCAAGAGUGCUCAAGAGGAAGAUUUGGAAGAAAUUGUGCUGGUACUUGCACGUGCCGCAAUGCRAUAUGUGAUCACGUGACAGGAAAAUGCCACUGUGGACUGGGGUGGACUGGGAUCGACUGUGAAGAAGCCUGCCCUCCUAAUACGUAUGGAAUCAACUGUGAACUGGACUGCGCAUGUCAGAACCAGGCUACGUGUGACCGUGUGACCGGAUGCUGCAUGUGCAGGCCGGGAUGGUAUGGGGAUAAGUGCCAACAUAGUUGCCCGUCAGGUCGUUUUGGAUCAUACUGCUCCAAAAUAUGUGAAUGUAGUAACAACGCCUUGUGCGAUCCUGAGACUGGAAGCUGCUUCUGUCAACCGGGAUGGAGUGGGAACGACUGUAAACAAGAAUGUUCGCCUGGUAAAUAUGGUCUGGAUUGUCUUGCCAAAUGCAAUUGUGAUUCAGUGUUCUGUGAUGCAAAGACAGGGAAGUGUAUUUGUUCGCCAGGAAAAGCAGGCUGGAGAUGUGAUGAAGAGUGCCCGGAAGGAACUUAUGGUCCCGGAUGUCGACACCCUUGCACAUGCGCAAACAAUUCCACCUGCGAUCCAAUCAGCGGCAAGUGUAAUUGUCAGUUUGGAUGGACUGGGUCUGACUGCACUAAAGAAUCGAAAAACGAACGCGAGUUCAGUGAUGCCCACUUGUUCACAAUCAACUGAAAGAAUCGUCUCAUCUUUACUGCCACUGCGGUAAUGUACGGUAAACGUUUAGGGACUAUUUUCUGCCUUUUUUAACAUCUUAACUUUGAUCUCUUGAGACACCAAAACGAAACAAUUUACAGACACUUUUGAACGAUUGGUAUUCUAAAUUUAUUGAUCUGCGGGUAUCAUCGAUUCACUCGAAGCCGAUUCUCUCUGCACGCCAGCCGUCUUGCUGCGAGUCAUAUUUUUUUGUACAAACUUUCUGUCAUAAUUAAGAAGACAUUAUUGAGGAUAUUAUAGUCUUCUACGAUAUUCAAAAAAGAUGUUGCUGUUAUUGAAGUCUGGAGAAGAAGCUAAAGACGGUAGUUGGCCAAGGUAUGGUCCGUCGGGCGAAUGGUUCGUCGUUUGGAAGUAUUCCAGCGGGCUGUGAAUUGGGCCGAUGUAAAUGCUGAAGUCUCUAAGUGAAUCUUUGUAAUGUACCAAUGGCUCAGAAUUAGAAUAAAUCGUGAAAACUGA